CGACUCGUUUCUUGGUAUGGUACCAACCAACCAAAACAGCUUCUCAACUACAGCUGCCUGUUUCCGAUCUUUUUAGUUUCAGUUCCCACUUCCCACACAACACAACACAAAACAAACACAUCUCACUUCAAACUUUUGUUCUUAUCUCUUGAGAUUAAUAAGAAAUUGAGUUUGAAGCACGAAAUGAGACAGUAAAUUUUUUUUGGGAAUUGUAAAUAAAAAAAGAUUCUCUCAUUUCUGAGACAGAUACUAAAAUUUAUUACUGCUUUUGUCGCACUUUCAAACCAAACAAAACAAAACAAAGCUUCAAAUAAAAAUAAAUACAUAAUCAUAAAUAUUUAAGGGUUCGGAAAAUUCCAUUAGCAGAAAAAGGAGGUGGCAAUGGCAAGGCUUGCAUUGGGUCCUUGGUUCCACAAGAACGUCGUCGAUCCUCUCAUCCAAAUCCUUCGCAGGGGUGCUGAGCCGAAGCAAUUGGCAUUUUCUGCAGCUCUUGGCAUUACCUUGGGGGUAUUUCCCAUUUGUGGGGUCACUGUGUUUCUAUGUGGACUGGCUAUUGCAUUGCUUGGAUCCCGUUGCAAUGCUCCAACUGUAAUGCUGGCAAACUUUAUGGCUACACCAAUAGAGUUGAGUCUGAUGUUGCCCUUCUUGCGCUUUGGUGAAAUUCUCACUGGUGGACCUCAAUUUCCAUUUACAUCUGAUGCUUUCAAGAAGGUUUUGACCGGCCAAGCUUCGCAUGAAGUCCUCUUAAGUGUUGUCCAUGCGUUGUUGGGAUGGCUUGUUGCGGCACCUUUUAUAUUGGCCACACUCUACAUCAUCCUUUUACCAUGCUUCAAGUUUUUGGUUAACAAGUUCAGCUCUGUUCCAUUAAGCCCAAAGAAACCACUUCAUUCACUCUCAGAUGUCCAGCUGAAGGUAAGGGAUGUCUGAUUAAACUGUAAUAAGCAGAUUUUCAUUCAUCCAUCCCAUCAACAGGGAACAGUAGUCAUUUGUUUUUAGCCUAAUUGAUGUACAUAAAACCCUUUUAUGUUCAAGGUGUACAAAGAAAUUUGCAUUGGUAUUGUUAUCAUAUUGAUGAGCUUCUUCUACCAAAUACUGUAUCAUUUGGAUAAAAAUUUAAUGAAAGUAUGAGAUUGAUUUGCGAUUAUGACA